AUGUCCGACAAAAAAAUCACCCCCCGCGUCUUCAUAAUCCGCCACGGCGAAACCGAAUGGUCGCUGAACGGCAGACACACAGGCACCUCCGACAUCCCCUUAACCGCCAAUGGCGAAUCACGCAUCCGCGCAACCGGGAAAGCGCUCGUAGGAGACGACCGCCUCAUCGUGCCCCGCAAUCUCGCACACAUCUACGUAUCGCCACGAACCCGCGCCCAACGAACCCUCGAACUGCUAAACCUGGGCUGUAAAGACCCCAUGCCGUGGAAAGAGUCCAAAGAACACGAUGACAGCAAUGUGAAAACAAACGCAAAAGUCCAAGUCACGGAGAGUGUGCGCGAAUGGGAUUAUGGCGAUUACGAAGGCUUGACGAGCAAAUACAUUGCUUCCGAGCGCGAAAAAGCCGGCCUUCACAAAUGGGAUAUCUGGAAAGAUGGAUGUCCGGGGGGAGAGAGCCCUGAGCAGAUCACUGAAAGAUUGGAUGCGGUGAUUGCGGAAAUUAGAGAAAAAUACCACAAGAAUGCGAUAGGGAAACCGCAGCCGCAAGCAGAGCCUUACGAUGUGUUGAUCGUGGCGCAUGGUCAUAUCCUUAGAGCGUUUGCUGCUAGAUGGAUUAACAAGAAUAUUGCGGACAAUCCGAGUAUGUUGUUGGAUGCUGGUGGUGUUGGUACUUUGAGCUACGAGCAUCACAGCAUUGAUGAGCCGGCUAUUCUACUGGGAGGUGGUUUCAUGGUGGAUGUGGUCGAAAACGCUCAUGAAGAUGGCAAGAAGAAUUAG